CGCAGGGGGCGGAGGCAGGGGACGCCCCCAGCCAGGAUGCUGCGGUUCCUGCGCCGGACCUUUGGCCGCCGCUCCAUGCAGCGCUACGCGCGGGGCGCGGCAGGGCGCGGGACCGCCGGCCUGGGGGACGAGCGCGACGGGGGUCCGCGGGGGGGCCCGGCCGCCGCCGCCGUGUCCACGCUGCCCGCCGCGCCCGGGGGCAGUGUGUUCCCAGCCGGCGGCGGGCCCCUGCUCAUGGGCUGCGCGGCCGUGCACAUCUCCGCCGCCGGGGCCUCCAAGACCACCCUCUACUGCCGCGUCUUCCUGCUCGACGGGACCGAAGUGAGCGUGGACCUGCCGAAACAUGCCAAAGGCCAGGAUUUGUUUGAUCAGAUUGUGUACCACUUGGACCUGGUGGAAACAGAUUACUUUGGCCUCCAGUUCCUUGACUCUGCCCAGGCUGCGCACUGGCUGGAUCAUUCCAAACCCAUAAAAAAGCAGAUGAAAAUUGGACCUGCUUAUGCUUUGCACUUUCGAGUUAAAUAUUAUUCUUCAGAACCGAACAACCUUCGUGAAGAGUUUACAAGGUACCUGUUUGUUUUACAACUCAGGCAUGACAUUCUUUCAGGAAAGUUGAAAUGCCCAUAUGAAACAGCUGUGGAGUUAGCCGCUCUCUGCCUACAAGCCGAGCUUGGGGAGUGCGAGCUUCCAGAACAUACACCAGAGCUUGUGUCUGAGUUUCGGUUCAUUCCAAAUCAGACAGAAGCGAUGGAAUUUGAUAUCUUCCAGAGAUGGAAAGAGUGCAGGGGAAAGAGCCCUGCCCAGGCGGAACUCUCCUAUCUGAAUAAAGCGAAGUGGCUGGAAAUGUAUGGGGUAGACAUGCACGUUGUGAGGGGAAGAGAUGGCUGUGAAUAUUCUCUUGGACUGACCCCGACAGGCAUUUUAAUCUUUGAAGGAGCUAACAAAAUAGGCUUAUUCUUUUGGCCCAAAAUUACCAAAAUGGAUUUUAAAAAGAGCAAAUUGACGCUGGUGGUGGUGGAGGACGAUGACCAGGGCCGGGAACAGGAGCACACGUUCGUGUUCCGCCUGGACAGCGCCCGGACCUGCAAGCAUCUGUGGAAGUGCGCCGUGGAGCACCAUGCCUUCUUCCGGCUGCGGACGCCGGGAAACAGCAAGUCCAACAGAUCGGACUUUAUCAGACUGGGCUCUCGCUUCAGGUUCAGUGGCCGGACGGAAUACCAGGCUACACAUGGCGCCAGGUUACGGAGAACCAGCACCUUCGAGAGGAAGCCUAGUAAACGCUAUCCGUCCCGGAGACAUUCGACAUUCAAAGCAAGCAACCCGAUGAUAGCAGCUCAGUUCUGCUCUAAAACAAAUCCUGAAGUCCAUAAUUACCAGCCUCAGUAUCACCCCAAUCUUCACCCCAGCCAGCCUCGGUGGCACCCGCACUCUCCAAACAUCAGCUACCCGCUCCCUUCCCCAGGGCUCAGCAGCUCGGACCGGCUGCCUUUUGGCCUCGAGGAGAAUGGGGGCACACCGUUUGCCACCAAAGCUUCGGGAAGGCACCACCAUCACCACCACCAGCACCAGCACCACACUAACUAUGGCCUCUCGCUGACCCUGGAGAACAAGGAGGGGCCUUUGAGGUCCCCCAACUCCAGCAGUAAAUCGCUUACAAAACUGAGUCCAGGAACACCUGCCCUGUUCAGCGAAGCCGCUGCCCAUCUAAAGAAGCUGGAACUGGAAACUGUGAAGGCUGCUGGACCCUGGCCUGCUCUGCACAUCAACAUAAAUAAGGCUGAAGAAAAAAAGGUUUCUGAGAAGACUCUUCAGACCCCACUUUUGCCUUCCCCCGUGGCUGAUCACGUUAAGUGUAACAUUUUAAAAGCCCAGCUGGAGAAUGCUUCCCGAGCGAGCGCCCAGGUUGGAAAAGAGGAAUCAACGUUUGUAAAUAUCAAUAAGAAAUCCAGUCUUCAGGACGCUAACGUAAGAAGUCCUAUUCCUAUACGUGUGGAAACUACCCAACCAGCUGCGGAAAAGCCGGAAAUCAAGCCUCCCCGAGUGCGGAAGUUAAUGAGACAAUACAGCUUUAACCGCAGUGAUGAAGACGACCUCCCUCCAGACCUGGCCGAGGCAGCGGGAGCGACCACAACUCCAGCCAUGGCCACCACCAUGGCCACCACCACACAAGUCUCAGUGCCGCUGGCAUCCCCCAAGGUCCACAAACUGAGCUCGCCUCAGAAUUCAGAAGGCAAGGGCCAGCUGUCCCCAGGGGCCAAGAGCCCCUCUGACCGAGGAGGUGCCUUUACCUUGGAGCCGGGUGAUCUGCUGAUGGAUUUCACAGAAGCCACUCCUCUGGCAGAGCCCGCCAGCGCCCCCCACUGUGCCCACUCUCGCUGUUCUCCUCCACUCUCUCUCCCCAUGAAGGAAGAGACCACUGGAGUUUGCAUGCAUCCUCCAAUCAAAACGAGGCUGAUAAAAACAUUCCCGGCUGAUACAGUGACCCCUUUUCCUGAUCCUUUCAUAACAGGGCCACAGUUUACCGCAGACUUUAGAGACAGUAAAUUACAGUGCUGUCCUGGCCAGUCUUCCCCACUGAUUCCAGCAGCAACCCUGAGGCCUUUGACAGAGACCGUCUCCACAGUGCAGACCAUCUACACCAUUCGGAAGCCUGUUUCUCCAGUGGCCAGUGCAGAGACGCUCCGGCAGGAACUGGAGAGAGAGAAAAUGAUGAAAAGACUGUUGAUGACCGAACUGUGAAAUUCUCCCCUUGGUGCCUGGAGGAUGGCAUGGUGCCUUCUGUCCGUUUUCUUUCUUCGGGCUUUGUGUGAUCACUCUAGCACGACAUACAAAUGUGUGCUCUGUUGGCCCAGGUCUCUGUGGUUAGUCAAAGCCAACUUCUGGCUUGACUUCUAUCGGAAAAGAUAUUUUAUGUCUCCUGAGUAUUAGGGUUUUUCUGCUACUCAGUGUAGUUGAGACAGGAUUUGGUAAGCCUAGAAGAAAGAUGGGAAAACCAGGAUUCCUUUUCAGAAGUACCUGUGUGUAUAUAUUAAUAACCACAGGGGUUAAUAUGGCACGGAAUCCUUUGCUGUCAAUCUCAACCAUGUGAUUUUGUAUGAUUGACACUUGCACCAAGCUUUGACUGUUUGUUAGAGUCAUUUUUAAUGAGAGAAUAAUUCUUUACUGCUGGUUUUUCAUUUACACUGGUAAAUACACAGAUCUUAUAAAGUCUUUAACAUUCAUUUUUAUUCAGACACAAGUAGGUGAACUAAAAAAGGAAAGUUACAAUCACCAGAGCUGAAGGUACUUCAGCUUAAUCUGAAAUACAAUUUAACUUGUGAACUUAUGGUAUAUGAUAUUAUUGGGGAUAUAUAAAAUUUAUUAUUGAACCCAAAGUAAGACAUUAUAGUUUAAAUUGUCUAAAAAUCCUUACAAAGUGACUUGAUAUCAGGAUUCAUUUGGGUGUUCCAUAAAGGAAAAUUAUUUCUAAAGUUGAUCAACUCAUGUCCUGUUGAUAGAAACUUGACCAGAAGAAACUUUGCUCUCUUUUUAUAUAGUUUCAAGAAAUGUGUUUUUAAAUUUUUAUUAUGCACUUGAACAACUUUGCAGGAAUAAUUAAGAACCCCCUAACCACAGACUAGCCCUCUGAAAUGUUUCCCAUGCUUUCUCAAUGAAUAUGCCCACAUUUUUACAUCAGUAUGGUCAGUGUGUACGUGGUCUUUGAGUACUUCCUUCUAACACACAGCUCCUCUUUUCAACACUGAUCCUGCUCUCACCAAUUUUGAUUUCUUUGUAUCCAUGUAACAUGAUUAACCUCACUUCUUGGCAUACUAGAUAUUUGAGUUAUAUCUAACUUUUCACUCUUAUAAAUAGUGCUGCUAUGAAUGUCUUUGUAAAAAAUGUUCCUUCUUUUGGAUUCUCCCCUUGGGAAUAUCUCCAAAGAGAGAUUACAAGGUCAAAGAGCAUGAGGUAUUUUAUAGCUCUUGUUUCAUAUUGCCAGAUUGCUUUCUAGAAAGAUCCAGUCUCUGGGUUGAAAAGACCUUAAAGGUCAUCAAGUUCAACCCCCCAUCCUCUCUGAAUGCUUGAAUCCCCUCUACAAUUUAUGAUGCCACCAGCAAUGUAUAAGCAUUUCUAUUUACCAAUAGUUCUGCCAGUAUUGGGUUGUGCCAUUUUUAUUUAUUUUUCCUAGUUUAAUAAGUGCGUAUAGUUGUUUCUUGAAAGGUGGUUUUAUUUCAUUAAUUGCUAGCAAGGCUGAGCACUUUUCCAUGUGGUGACUUACUAGCUGUAUUUCCUUGUGUGUAAAAUGUCCAUCCAUUUCUUAUGACCACUUAAGUGGAAUUGAUCUCGUAUAUUUGUAUCAGAACUGUAUUUUUAUGUUGUAUAAUUUGCUCUCCUGUCCCUAUCCUUAAACCUGAAUGGUGCCAAUAAUUUGAUACUAAUGAUUAUAAAAAAAAAAAGUCAUGCCUCAUUGACUAGCAUCGUUGUAAAAUGAGGUAAUGUACGCAAAUAUUCAGAUAACAGAGGAUUAACCCUUUAAGUGCUGAAUCUAUACAAUUUUAAUAUUUUUUUGAGGGAAAUCUUUCUAAAAUAUAUUACACACUUCCCUGCCUUAGUAAACAGAGUAUACUGGAGAGUAUUUAACCUUUUCUUGAUGAGUCAUGGUCAUCAUUACAAACAUCAGCCCCUUUUGUACCUUGGUGUGGUGCAGUGAUGUCAUCAAGCGCUAUCCAGAUGUGCAGGGCUUGGCUUGCCUUUCACAGACUAACGCUUUUCUCAUUGAUGGUGUGCACUGCUGUCUGCUCUAUUGGUGAAGCUGUCUGGGGGCAAUUGUGGUAUUUGGGAACUUUUACCCCCCACCCCAAUACUACAUGACCCCGGCCGUACUCUUAAAACAGCUUUAGCCGUUCUUUAUGUUGUGUACACGAUACAAAAUGUGUUCCUGUACAGUACGGGGGAAAUAUCUGUUUCUGGGGUUGUCACCUCUUGCCAAUCCCUCCUCUUCUAACCUGCUUUCUCAGUCUUCUGCUCUUCACUUCCGGCUCUCUGAUGGAAACCUCCAGGGCAAAACUGAAGUUUUCUUGAGGAAGCCGGGAAACUCAGUGUUACAUACGUGUCAGGUUGGCUUUGCUUCCGAGGAGGGAUGCAUGGGCUUUUUGGCCAUUGUUCUCAGGAGGCUCUGAGCCUGCUGCUUCUUCCCCAUGUCCCCCUGGGUUCACAGAUGUUUCAGAAGGUUGAUGUCACUGGAAGUCUGAUCACAAACAAGUUGGCUGUUACUGUAUAUGAAAACCCAGUACCUUUGGCAGCUCAACCCUAACCAGUAAAAUCAAGAGGAUUCCAUUGUUUCAGCAGUUGUCCUGGUUAUUUGCCUACGUACAUGUAUGUUGGGUGUUUGGCAUUGUGACCUGAGAAGAUGACGUUGUGUUGGGUGGAUUCAUAGGGAUAAAAGUGAAUUGGUACAAUCACUUCGCCUUUUUUUUAUAUACUUAAAACCAAAAUAACAGUACCAUACGGUCACACAACACAUCUUACGUCCGGGGAGAAAAAUCAGCUUGCUGACAUAAUCAUUCCGGAGCAAGUGUUCCAGACUGUGAGCCACAGACUCCUGGUGGGUAUGGGGGUGAGGGUUAAUGCAAGUGGCCUGGGAAUCCUGCAACCCCAGGUUUGUGGAUUGUAGAUUGCAUAGGAGAUCCUUAUGUGUAAAGAGUUUAAAAAUGAGGUCCUAGAGCAUUCAGAAGAUCCCACCUGAAUGUGCCCCAAGAAUACACUCCCAGAAUAGCACAAGAAUAUUCUGUUACCAUCUUUAUCUUUCUUUCAUCAUCUCAAAGAUCACAGCUUUUAAAAAACUUGAAAUUCACCCUGUUAACCAUUUUAAUGUAUAUAAUUCAGUAUUUUUUAGCAUAUUCAUAAUGUCAUACAGAUAUCACAACUAUCUAAUUACAGAACAUUUCCAUGAUUCCAGAAAGAAACUCCAUAUCUGUAGUCACUACCAAUUCUCCCCUCCCCCUAUCUUUUAGCAACCACUAAUUUACUUUCUGUCUUUGGAUUUCUGUCUAUGGAUCUGCCAAUUCUGGACAUUUCAUAUAAAUGGAAUAACACAAUAUGUGGUCUUUUGUGACUGGCUUCUUUCACUUAACGCAAUGUUUGCAAGUUUCAUCCAUGUUGUAGCAUGUAUUAGUACUUCAUUCCUUUUUAAUGGCUAUAUAAUAUUCCAUUGUAAGGAUAUGCCACAUUUUGUUUAUCCAUUCAUCAGUUAAUAGACAUUUGGCUUGCUUCCACUUUUUGACUCUUAUGAAUAAUAUGAACAUUUGUGAACCUAUGUUUUCAGUUCUCUUGGGUAUAUAACUGAGAUGGGAAUAGCUGCGUCGUACAGCAACUCUAUGUUGAACUUUUUGAGGAACUGCCAAGAUCACAACUUUUAUUUCAUAAACAAUCAAAAGUGAAAAAAAUCAACAUAUAUUACUAGACAGACAGAAGCAUGGGCAAACCUGUUGUUAAACUGGUCAGAUACCGAGAUGCAGCACUGAUUUGUGGGGGGUGAAGUUUAUAACAGAAAAAAAAUUGUUUUAGAGAAAUGGCUUUGAGAAGAUAAAAUAAAGGUGCUAUCUUUUUUUAAAAAUGCAAAUGAAAUUAAA